AUGCGUGUCGCAGCGCACGUGGUUCUCGUCCUGUUCGCCGUGGCUCUGCAAGCCAGCGCUCACGAUGAUGACAUCGACUUGGACACGCCGGAGUUGCUUGAGAAGUACGGGUACCCGUGUGAAGAACACGUCGUGGAAACUGAGGAUGGCUACAUUCUGCGGAUGUUCAGGAUCCCCUACGGUAAGGCCUCGCCUCUCGUCCCGGGACAACGCAAGCCCGCAGUGUUGGUGCAGCACGGCCUCAUGAACAGCGCAGACGACUGGGUCAUCAUGGGGCCCAACGGCUCCCUGGCAUACAUUCUGGCUGACGAAGGGUACGACGUUUGGCUCGGCAACAUCCGUGGAAACUGGUACUCACAGAGACAUCGUACCCUAUCUCCAGAACAGAACAAAUUCUGGAAUUUCAGCUGGCACGAACAUGGUAUUUAUGACAUGCCGGCACAAAUAGACCAUGUCUUAAACACGACUGGGCACCAGCAGAUCUAUUAUGUGGGACAUUCCAUGGGGACGACAAUGUUCUACGUCGGAAUGUCAAUGAAGCCUGAGUACAACGAAAAGAUUCGUGCCAUGUUCAGCUUGGCGCCAAUUGCUUACAUGAACCAUAUGAUCAGCCCACUGUUCCAACUCUUGGCACCUUUUACAACGUCCGCUCAGGUGCUUAUGGAUCUAAUUGGAGCAAGCAAAUUUACUCCUAGCCAAGAGAUGAUCAGGCUUAUUCAGCCAAAGAUCUGCAAAGAAAAAGCAAUUACAGAACCAAUGUGUACCAAUGUAGUAUUUCUCAUCUGUGGCUUUGAUAAGGAACAGAUCGUUAAGGAAAAGCUAGCGGCAAUUUCUGCACACAUCCCUGCUGGAUCCUCCACCAGGCAGUUCAUACAUUACGCGCAAGGCAUAGACAAAGGCCACUUUAGGCAGUACGACUAUGGCAUCGUGGAGAAUAUGAGGCGCUACCGCCAACGUGCGCCACCUGAUUACAAGCUUAUCAACGUCAAGGCUCCGGUUUAUCUUUUCUACAGCCUUAACGACUGGCUGGCAGGACCUAAGGACAUUGAUCGUUUGUACACUCAACUAGGAAAUCCAAAGAAGAAGUUCAAGAUUGAAUACAAGAAAUUUAAUCAUCUCGAUUUCACAUACGGCAAAGAUGCACCUAAGUUAGUUUAUAAACAUGUAUUGGACCUGAUGAAGAAAUACGAGCAAGGGGAUUUGUAA